CGGAUCCGGACACAUGGUGCCUGUGAGUUGCUCGACACGUAUGUACGUAUCCUCUAUUCUUUGGUACAAGUAAAAGAUUACAAAUGGCUUGGUGUUGAAGGCUUGAAUCACCACGGCAUGGCUUACUAGAUGUCAUGAGAUUUAAUUAAGAAGAGGAAAGAUUGACCGUCUUGAGCGUCAGUGGUCAAACAAAACCUGCCUGCUGGCUGGAGUUGGAAGAUGCCUUAGCACCCAAGCAGAGCAGAGACGGCCUCGCUCCUCAUCCAUCCAUCAGACAUUCAGACCAUCACCGGGCACCGGCCUCUCAAGCCGGUGAUGGGGCUGGCCAUGGGGCGGCUGCUGGGCCUCAGCUAUCGCCUGACGAAGCAGCUCGAGGCGCGCAUCCUCAUGCUGGGGCUGGACGCCGCCGGCAAGACCACCAUCCUCUACAAGCUCAAGACCGGCGAGGUCGCCUCCACCAUCACAACCGUCGCAUUCAACAUUGAGAGAAUCGAGUACAGGAACAUGAGCUUCACUUUCUGGGACGUCGGCGGCCAUGCCCCUAACCGGCCCUUGUGGAAGUACUACUUCCAUGACACCCAGGGCCUCGUCUUCAUCGUCGACAGUAGCGACAGGGACCGCGUUCGUCUGGCCAGGGAUGAGCUCAACACCUUGCUCAACGCGGAGGAGCUUAGAGACGCUGCGCUGCUCGUCCUUGCAAACAAGCAGGACCUUCCCAACGCCAUGAGUGCCGCAGAGAUGACAGAGGAGCUUGGGAUUCAUGAGUCCCUUGGCAACCGUAGAUGUCACAUUCAGAGUGCUUGUGCCACCUCAGGAGAAGGCCUCUACGAGGGGCUGGACUGGCUCUGCACCAACGUCGAUAUAAGGGUUGGAUGACUUUGUUUGGACUGUGGAUCGGACUGUACCACUGUGGUGUGCUCUGGGAUCAUCAGAUGCUGCACAAUACAAACACCCCAAGGCACUGUGCUGAGUGAUUUGCACAGUUGUGGUUCAGAAUUGAGAAAUAAUGUAAUAAAUAGAAUCUGGCGCCGGCUGAUCCUUCGCUACAUCAUAUAUACAUUAUGGUUCGUGUAUUUUGUAUAAGGAUUAUUAUUAUAUAUAUGAUUCUUGUGUCA